AUGAUAAACUCAGAUUAAAUGAGAUAAUCAAGUUCCCAAAGAAUUACUUUAAGCACAAUGUAGAAUCAAAGAUUUUACUAUGGCUAAAAAUUAAAGACCCCCAAUAAGGAAUUCUUAAAAAGCAAUCGAAGUUAAGUUACACUCUCAGAUUUGUAAGACAGUAAGUCUAGAGCAAAUACAUUAUUUGAAAAAAUCAAAGCUUAAAAUACAACUAUUCACAAAUCAGAAAACAACCUUUUUUUUAAAGUUGAAGAAGCAAUCUUAGAAUUAUAUAAUUAAUAUGAGUAAAAUUAUUAAGGACUUGGAUCACUUGGUAAAAUUUAGACAGUUUAAGAAAAUUUGUCAGUGGAAUUCAAAAAAUAAAAUAAUUAACUGAUCAAGACAUUUGAUGGUUUAAAGUUAUCAGACUUAGAUUAAAAUGGUGUUAAUCAAAUUUAAAUUGAUAGAUACUAAUUUUAUUAUUUCAGGUUAAGAAUUUUAGAUAAACCUACACCAAUUCAUAUUCACUUACAAUUACCAGAAUCAUUAUCAUUUUUAUUAUUUAAAUUGAUGCUGUCAAUUAAAAUUGAAUUUCCAACUAAAUUUAAUGCAGAUUAAAUAGUCUAAAGUAAUUAUGCAAAAGUCUAUUCAAGUAAUCCAUAAGCUCAUUAUUUUAAAGAAGAAUUUCUAUAUCUAACAUUUUAUUCUCAUGUUGAUUUUAUAUUAAAGAUAACUGUGAAUUAUGGAUAAUUUAAUACUGAAAAAACACCAUCUAGAAGAAAGGAAGCUAGAUCACCAAAAUUAAUGAUGGUAUAAAGUGAAAAUGUUAAAUUUAUACAUAGUCCUGAUGAAAGAAGAAUAAAAAAAGGUUUUUCUCAUGUUAAAUCACAUAUCUAUUAAUCAUCAAUUGAAAAAGAAACAGAAUGUACUAGAGUAUAAACUGAAAAUUCAGAAAAAAGAAAAUUUAUAAAAAUAUAACCAGUUUAAUCUAAAUUAAGCACUUUAUUAUAAAAGAUAGGUAAAGAAUUUUAAGGUCUUACAAAAGAGGAAAGAUUAAAAAAGAUUGAAGAAAAUUAAAUUUAAAAAAGAAAAGAAUUAGAAUAAGAUUAUUAAAAUAAAUAAAAAACAUUCAUGUAUGAAUUAGAAAAAAGAAAAAUAUAAAUAGAAUAACAUUCUAAAAUAAAGAAAUAAAAAAUUGAAUUAGUAUUGCAAAAUAAAAAAAAUAAUUAUAGUGAAAGAUAAUAAUAUAUUAGAGAUAGAUUAUUAUUAUAAGAGUAAGUAUCUUAAUUAAGAGAGAUAGAACGUUCUUUUAGUAUUAGAAAGGCUUAUGCAUAUAAAGUAUCAUUAAGUUGGGGUAGAAUAAUAAAAUAUAUUCUAUUUAUUGAUACACUAUAUAAUGUUAUAAAAGUAUAAGAUGUAUUUAAAUUUGUAGGAUAGUAAAAGAAAAUCAAAAGUAUAAGCAAGAGGUAAAUUAUUGGUUUGGACAAUAAAAACUAAAGCAUUAAUAUCAGCAAAAGAAUAUGGUUAUACAACUAAGGAAAGAACAAUUACUAAAUGUUGUAUUGCUUUAAAAAUGAUUGCUGUCAAUUUAAGACAAAAGAUUAAACUAAAAUCUUAAGUAAUUUUAUCUAAAUAUUUCACUUAAAUGAGAUUGGCAGUAACUAUUGUACAUUAACAUGAUAAGACAUUAAAAAAAAGUAAUAUUGAUUUUAUUAUCUAUUAGUAAUUUAGAUCUAAAGGAAUUUUAGAACAUUGAAAUAAAAGAAAUUAACUUAUAGAGAUAAAUUUUUUAAACUUAUUAAAGAUAAUAUUAAUUAAACUAUUGAUGAUUUACAAAGAUAAUAUGGUAAAAAAACAUUUUAUGAUAUUAACGAUAAACCUGUAUAAUAAAUGGAUAUGUAUAUAAUAAUGAAAUUAUUAUUUAAGAAUCUGUAUAAAUUAGUUGAUUGAUGAAUACUCAAAGUAAAAAAAAUAGAUAUGGUAUGAAUAUAUAAAUAAUAAAUUUUUUGAAAAGGAUUUCCAUAAAGUAUAAAAUAUAUCAAUUAUUAGAAAAUGAAAGAUUUUGCUAUUAAUUUAAGAGAACCUUAAUUAUAUGAACUUCCUAGAAGAAAAGAAUUGAUUUAAAUAAUUGAAAAAUACGGUAAGAUUAAAAAAUUACUAUGA